GUCCACCUUCCGCGUAGACUCGGAUCCCACCUAGUCAAUGGAGUGAGCAACGAGGGUUGGGUUCGGCAGCAGCGAGGGAAAAGCCAAAGCCCCCCAGGGCAGCAGGAAGCAAUAGAAGCGAGCGAGGCAGCGGCGUGGGGCGAGGAGUGGAGGACACCGAUCCCCGCCGGAGAGCGCGUCCAUCCCAAAUGGCGACUGCAGCUUCGCCCGCCGCUGCCUUUCCCCACAUCCUCUCCCUCUCCUCCUAAUCCCCUCCCAAUCCCCCCCUCUCUCUCUCUUCCUCGCCAGCUGGUUCGUUCCGCACCCGCCGCCGCAUUGGGUGCCGAGGAGGGACGCAAUGGAGCAGUACGAGAAGGUGGAGAAGAUCGGGGAGGGCACGUACGGGGUGGUGUACAAGGCGCUGGACAAGGCCACCAACGAGACGAUCGCGCUCAAGAAGAUCCGCCUCGAGCAGGAGGACGAGGGCGUCCCGUCCACCGCCAUCCGCGAGAUCUCUCUCCUCAAGGAGAUGAACCACGGCAACAUCGUCAGGUCCGCUUUGGUUUUAUGCAACAGCGGGUUACAUGAUGUUGUCCACAGCGAGAAGCGGAUAUACCUCGUCUUCGAGUACCUGGAUCUGGACCUCAAGAAGUUCAUGGACUCUUGCCCGGAGUUUGCUAAGAAUCCCACUUUGAUUAAGUCAUACCUCUACCAGAUACUCCGUGGCGUUGCGUACUGCCAUUCUCAUAGAGUUCUUCACCGAGAUUUGAAACCUCAGAACUUGUUGAUAGAUCGGCGUAAUAAUGCACUGAAGCUUGCAGACUUUGGUUUAGCCAGGGCAUUUGGAAUUCCUGUCCGUACAUUUACUCAUGAGGUAGUGACAUUAUGGUACAGAGCUCCAGAAAUCCUUCUUGGAGCGAGACAGUAUUCCACACCAGUUGACGUAUGGUCUGUGGGCUGUAUCUUUGCGGAAAUGGUGAACCAAAAGCCACUAUUCCCUGGUGAUUCUGAGAUCGACGAACUGUUCAAGAUAUUCAGGGUGCUAGGUACACCGAAUGAACAAGGUUGGCCUGGAGUCAGUUGUUUGCCUGACUUCAAGACUGCUUUCCCCAGGUGGCAAGCUCAGGACCUGGCAACAAUAGUCCCAAAUCUAGAACCUGCUGGCUUGGACCUUCUCUCUAAAAUGCUUAGGUAUGAGCCAAGCAAAAGAAUCACAGCUAGGCAAGCACUUGAGCACGAGUACUUCAAGGACCUUGAGAUGGUACAGUGACCUGCUAAAUGUGCUUCGCGUUGCUUUGGCAUUUGUAAUUGUCUGAGCUGAGUCGCUCAUUCCUUUUUAUGGGCGUCUGUACUCUCUCAUUCUCUCUGCAUUUUUGUCGUUCAGCUGGAUAUUUUGAAUCUGGUGUGUUUUGAGAUGUAUUAAGGAAUAUCAAAUAGAUUACCGCCUUGGUCUCUAUUUACUGAAAGUAAAUAUCCUCCAUGUUUAUUUCC